AUGAAGUUUAACGUUAUCAUCGGCCUGGCUGCCGCUCUCUCGCUGGCUCCUAACGCCGCCGCCUGGAAUCUGCCUCGCUUUGGCGGUGAUUCCCACGCUACUCCCACUGCUAUGCCGUCCGGCGUUGAGCCCACUGGUUUUGCGAGCGGCUUUCCGAAGGCAUCUGGACAUCCCCACGGCCACGGCGGUCACCAGGGUGGCCGUCCUGGCCCUCGCCCCUCCGGCGUUGUCCCCAGCGGCAUACCUUCCGGAGGUGCCAACUCCAGUGGAUUUGGCGAUGGCUUCGGCAAUGUCCCCACCGGUGUUCCUUCUGGUUUCCCUCCGUCAGGCACUGGUGCCAGCCAAGCCCAGGGUGGCAACUUCGGUGGCAACUCUGUCCCCAGUGGCAUGCCUUCUGGCUCCCCUAGCGGCAGCUUUGGCGAGGGCGCUACCCCGUCCGGUGCUGCUUCCUCCGGUGCCACCCCGUCUGGCGCUCCUUCUGGCUUCUCUAAAUCUGGCAGUGUUGUUGCCCGCGCUGAGGGUGGCUCCGUCGGUGCUAUGCCUAGCGGUGUUUCUAGUGGAGAGGGUUCCAUGCCCAGUGGCGUGUCCGGUGGUUCAGGUGCUAUGCCUAGCGGUAUCUCUGGCGGUUCCGGUGCUAAGCCUAGCGGCGUUUCUGGUGGCUCUGGCACUAUGCCCAGUGGUGUCUCUGACGGCCCUGGUGCUCAGUCUAGCGGCGUUUCUGAUGGUUCCGGUGCUAAGCCCAGCGGUGUUUCUGGCGGUUUUAGCCAGGGUGGUGAGUCCCAGCAGGGUGGUGAAUAUCAGUAUGGUGGUCAAUCUCAGCGGGGUGGCCAGCAGUUCAAGCGCUUCCAUGCUCGCCAGAUCCGGCCUGGACAAGCCUAA